UCCGGACUCAUGAAUUCUCUACCACAGACACCCAAAAAACUAGUGGAAACGUGAACGACUCUUAUGAAAUAUGUGUCAAUAAACAAAAAUGUUUGAUUCUGUAUCAAUAAUAUGAGUUUAAAAAACAGGAAGGCUAAAUGUCGACAUAAAGGAGAAAUGGUUCACCGUUAUACAUGAAAUAAUUGAAAUUGUCGCAUCCUCAACGUUUCUUUCCGGCAUAUGGACAUUGCGCGCUUCUAACAGCAAAGGAAGGACACUGAAUUCGGCUGAUUCUUGAUACAUUAAAUUCACAGAUACAUCAAGACAGAGUCGUUAACUAUAUCCAGAUGAUGUGAAGACCACUGUUGAGGAUCUCAUCUUGCUUGACUACGUACACCCUUGUUCAUUCCUGCCCUAGACACAUAGUCUGGAUUUGCCGUCUCUUAGAAGCCCUAUGGGGAUGGAAACGCGUUUGGAUAUAGGGCAGACUUACUGUAGCGGUACUAAGGGGCAAACAUGGUCCCUGACGUGGUGGAGGUUGGUCCUGAUGUCCAUGUCACUAGUGAUGGACCGAGGCCAGUCACUCAGCACCUUUCAGUCAGAGAGGACUGAAUGGACCCUGAACCACCUGAGUGUGCACAAGACCACCGGUGUUCUCUAUGUUGGUGCUGUGAACCGGAUCUAUAAGCUCUCUGCCAACCUGACCCUCCUGGUCUCCCACAACACGGGUCCUGAGCACGAUAACAAGGCCUGCUACCCUCCUCUUAUAGUGCAGCCCUGCUCGGAGCCACUGGCCUCCACUGACAACGUUAACAAAUUGCUGCUCAUAGACUACUCCCACAACCGCCUGCUGGCCUGUGGCAGCCUCUACCAGGGCGUCUGCAAGCUAAUGCGACAAGAUGACCUGUUCAUCCUGGUGGAGCCAACCCACAAGAAAGAGCACUACCUCUCCAGUGUCAACCAGACGGGCACCAUGUAUGGAGUCAUCGUGCCCUUAUCGCAGGGCCAGGAUGGCACCCUGUUCAUCGGCACUGCCGUUGGUGGGAAGCAGGACUACUUUCCCACCAUCUCCAGUCGCAAGCUACCCCGUGACCCAGAGUCCUCUGCCAUGCUGGAUUACGAGCUCCACACUGACUUUGUGUCCUCUCUCAUUAAGAUCCCCUCUGACACACUUGCUCUGGUCCCGCGCUUUGACAUUUACUACAUCUAUGGCUUCGCCAGCGGGAACUUUGUCUACUUCCUGACCGUGCAGCCCGAGGUUCCAGAGAACGGGAUGCCUGCUGGAGGUUCCCCCGGUGACCUGUUUUACACCACCCGCAUCAUACGACUCUGCAAAGGCGACAAAAAGUUCCACUCCUAUGUAUCUCUGCCAGUAGGCUGUUUACACAAAGGAGAGGAGUAUCGCCUCCUACAGGCUGCCCACCUAUCUAAGGCAGGGAAGGUUCUGGCCAGGUCCCUAAACAUCAGUGCCCAGGAUGAUGUCCUCUUCACUGUGUUCACCAAGGGCCAGAAGCAGUACCUGGAGCCCCUGGACAGCUCAGCCCUGUGUGUCUUUACCAUCCGGGACAUAAAUGCCCGUAUCAAAGAGCGGCUGCAGUCCUGCUACCAGGGAGAGGGAAACCUGGAACUACACUGGCUCCUUGGAAAGGACGUGCAGUGCACCAAAGCGCCUGUGCCUAUCGAUGAUCACUUCUGUGGGCUUGACAUCAACCAACCCCUCGGGGGCUCCCAGCUGGUAGCUGGCCUGACGCUGUACACUGAGACCAAGGAAAGGUUGACCUCUGUAACCUCUUAUGUCUAUAAUGGCUACAGCGUUGCCUUCAUUGGCACCAGGAGUGGCAGACUGAAGAAGAUCCGAGUGGAUGGGCCUCCUGAGGGGGGUGUGCUAUAUGAAACCCUGACCGUGAUGACAGAUGGUAGACCGAUUCUCCAAGACAUGGCCUUCUCUCUGGACUACAACUCUCUCUACGUCAUGUCUGACAGUCAGGUGACAAAGGUCCCAGUUGAGGCUUGUGAGCAGUAUGGGACCUGUGGAGAGUGCCUGAGCUCUGGGGAUCCUCAUUGUGGCUGGUGUGUCCUGAUCAACAUGUGUGCUAGAAGAGGCCGGUGUGAACGAGCGGAGGAACCAUUCCGGUUCGCCACAAAUAAUGAGCGCUGUGUGAAAGUUAUCUCUCACCCAGACAGCAUCGCCGUGUCAGCACACAGUGUACCUCUCCUGUUGGAGGUGCGAAACGUGCCUGACCUCUCUGCCGGAGUCACCUGUUCCUUUGGAGCAGAGAUGGAGGUGGAGGGCCGUGUGAAUGGCAACAGAGUCAUGUGCCUUUCCCCCUCGGGCAAGGAGGUCCCACACAUACCUGAAGGACAAGACUGGUUGGGUGUGGAGCUGCGUCUGAACUCUAAGGAGACGGGUCAAAUGCUGGGGAGUACAGAGGUCAAGUUCUAUAACUGCAGCAUGCAUCAAACGUGUCUGUCCUGUGUGAAUAGUACUUUCCUCUGCCACUGGUGUAAAUACCGUAGCCUGUGUACCCACGACCCCUCCAGCUGCUCCUUUCAGGAAGGCCGGGUCAACAACUCAGAGGAUUGCCCCCAACUGGUUCGCUCUGGGGAGAUUCUGUUCCCGGCAGGGGAGGUGAGACCCAUUACCCUGAGAGCCCGGAACCUUCCCCAACCCCAGUCUGGACAGAGGGGAUAUGAGUGUGUGCUCCAUAUCCAGGGAACCAACCACCGUGUUACUGCCCUGCGCUUCAACAGUUCUAGUGUGCAAUGCCAGAACAGCUCGUACAUAUAUGAGGGUGUGAAGAUCAGUGACCUGGCGGUGGACCUCUCCAUCGUUUGGAAUGGCAAUUUCAUCAUUGACAAUCCUGAGAAGAUUAAAGUGAACCUGUAUAAGUGUGGCGCCCAAAGGGACAGCUGUGGCAUGUGUCUGCGGGCGGACAGGAAGUUCCAAUGUGGCUGGUGCAGCGGGGAAGGCCGCUGCACCAUGAGGCAGCACUGCCCAUCCAUCAGCCCCUACACCAACCGCUGGCUGCACUUGUCUACCAGGAAUGUUAAGUGUACCGACCCGCGCAUCACAGAGGUGACCCCAUUAGCAGGGCCUCCAGAGGGGGGAACCCUGGUCACCAUCCGAGGCCAGAACCUGGGCUUGUCCUUCUCAGAGCUGGUGGGGAACUUAGAGGUAGCAGGGGUACAGUGCAGCCCACAGGAAGACGGUUACAUCACUGCGGAACAGAUUGUGUGUGAGAUGGGCUCUACGCCUCAGGGAAGUUCACCUGGUCUAGUCCAGCUGUGCGUUGGUGAAUGUAGACCAGAACUACGCACUCGGUCGUCCCAGCUCUACUCUUUUGUGAACCCUACCAUGGUGGAACUGACCCCUGUCCGAGGGCCUGAGUCUGGGGGUACUAAGGUUACCAUCAUGGGGGUGAACCUGGGGGCUGGGAGCAGUGUAAAUGUUACCUUUGGAAACCAGACCUGUGAGCUCUACAGACGGACCAUGGCGGAGAUUGUAUGUUUCUCUGCUCCCUCGGUUACUGGAGCCGGUCAGGUGCUGGUCAGCCUCAGUGUGGACUGGGCCAAGGUUCCGGGGAGCCUUAGCUUUCAGUACAUUGAGGAUCCCACAGUCCAGCGUAUCGAGCCAGAGUGGAGCAUCACCAGUGGGCACACUGCCCUGACAGUGACUGGGACCAACCUGGAUGUGGUGCAGGAGCCAAGGAUUAGGGUCAAGUAUGCUGGCCACGAGUCCAUCAAUGUAUGUAAGGUGCUCAACACCACCACGAUAAUCUGCUUUGCUCCCUCCCUGAAGGCAGAGAGCACACCAGAGCAUGAGUCAGUAAAACAUGUGGAGGAGUUUGGUUUUGUCUUCAACAACGUGCAGGGCCUGCUCAACUACAACAACACAAACUUCAUCUACUACCCUGACCCUUACCUGGAGCCCCUCAGCCUGUCUGGAGUGUUGGAGCAGAAACCUGGCUCACCCAUCAUACUCAAGGGGCGCAACCUGGUGCCCUCAGCAUCUGGAGGGGCGAGGCUGAGCUACACCGUGCUGAUUGGGGAAACAGCCUGCUCCCUCACCGUCUCCGACACACAGCUCCUCUGUGAGCCGCCCAACCUCACAGGCCAGCACAGGGUCCUGGUCCAUGUAGGUGGUCUGCACAUGUCUCCUGGCACUGUGCACAUCCGCUCAGAGAGCCUGCUCACCCUGCCAGCCAUCAUCAGCAUCACGGCCGGGGGAGGCCUGCUGCUCAUCAUCGUCUUCAUCGUCCUGGUGGCCUACAGGCGCAAGUCGCAUGAAAACGAUCUCACUCUCAAACGACUGCAGAUGCAGAUGGACAACCUGGAGUCCCGAGUGGCUCUGGAGUGCAAGGAGGCGUUCGCUGAGCUACAGACUGACAUCAAUGAGCUGACCAGUGACCUGGAUAGGGCCGGGAUCCCUCACCUGGACUACCGCACAUAUACCAUGAGGGUCCUCUUCCCUGGCAUUGAUGACCAUCCUGUGCUUAGGGAGCUGGAGGUGUCGGGAUGUGGGCAGCAGGACGUGGAGAAGGCCCUUAAGCAGUUCGCCCAGCUGGUGAAUAACAAGGUGUUCCUGCUGACAUUCAUCCGGACCCUGGAGCUCCAGCGCUCCUUCUCCAUGCGAGACCGCGGCUACGUGGCCUCACUUAUCAUGACGGCGCUGCAGGGUCGCCUGGAGUACGCCACUGACGUGCUCAAGCACCUCCUCUCUGACCUCAUAGAGCGCAACCUGGAGAGCAAGAACCACCCUAAACUGCUGCUCCGCAGAACUGAGUCAGUUGCAGAGAAGAUGUUGACAAAUUGGUUUGCCUUCCUACUUCACAAAUUCCUUAAGGAGUGUGCUGGGGAGCCCCUCUUUAUGCUCUACUGUGCCAUAAAGCAGCAGAUGGAGAAGGGCCCUAUAGACUCCAUCACUGGGGAGGCUCGCUACUCCCUCAGUGAAGACAAACUCAUCCGCCAGCAGACUGAAUACAAGACUCUGACUCUGUGCUGUGUGAAUCCAGACAAUGAGAACAGCCCUGAGAUCCCUGUCAAGGUGCUCAACUGUGACACCAUCAAUCAGGUGAAGGAGAAGAUCCUGGAUGCUGUCUGUAGGAACAUGCACUUCUCCCAGAGGCCUCGGGCUGCCGAAAUGGACCUGGAAUGGCGCCAGGGGAGGACAGCACGUGUGGUCCUGCAGGAUGAAGACAUCACCACCAAGAUCGAAGGCGACUGGAAGAGACUCAACACCCUCAUGCACUAUCAGGUGUCCGACCGCUGUGUGGUGGCCCUGGUGCCGAGACAACUGUCCUCCUACAGCCUGCCCUCCUCAGCCAGCUUCCCACGCAGCGUCAGCAGAUAUGAUUUACCGUUCCGCACCUCCACCACAACCAGUCCCGACAGCCCUCACUCCCGGGUGCCCAUGAUCACCCCGGACAUGGAAAGUGGUGUGAAGGUGUGGCAUCUGGUCAAGAACCAUGAUCACGGGGACCAGAAGGAGGGCGAGCGUGGCUCCAAGAUGGUGUCAGAGAUCUACCUGACCAGGCUUCUGGCUACUAAGGGUACAUUGCAGAAGUUUGUGGAUGAUCUGUUUGAAACCUUGUUCAGCACUGUGUGCCGAGGCAGUGCUCUUCCGCUCGCCAUCAAGUACAUGUUUGACUUCCUGGACGAGCAGGCUGAUAAGCACGGCAUCCACGACAUGGACGUCCGCCACACAUGGAAAAGUAACUGUCUGCCUCUGCGCUUCUGGGUGAACGUGAUCAAGAACCCCCAGUUUGUGUUUGACAUCCAUAAGAGCAGCAUCACAGACGCCUGUCUGUCUGUGGUGGCUCAGACCUUCAUGGACUCCUGCUCCACCUCUGAACACCGCCUGGGCAAGGACUCCCCCUCCACCAAGCUGCUUUACGCCAAGGACAUCCCCCACUACAAGAGCUGGGUGGAGAGGUACUAUGCUGACAUAAAGCGUCUGCCUGCCAUCAGUGACCAGGACAUGAAUGCCUACCUGGCCGAGCAGGCCCGCCUUCACUCCAAUGAGUUCAACGUGCUGAGUGCCCUGCAUGAGAUAUACACCUACGUCAGCAAAUACAGCCAAGAGAUCAUGGAGGCCCUGGAACAGGAUGAGCAAGCCCAGAAGCAGCGGCUGUCCUACAAGGUGGAGCAGAUCAUUGCGGCCAUGUCUGUGGAGAGCUGAGACAGAACAGUCAGACAGAACAGUCAGACAGAACAGUCAGACAGAACAGUCAGACAGAACAGUCAGACAGAACAGUCAGACAGACAGACAGACGGACAGACAGACGGAUGUGCAACAUACAAAGAAGGUCCUGGACACAGGCCACAUGCUACCAGCAGAGCAGCCAACCCCAAAAGCAGCAUGUGAAGGCAACUGAACUGUAGAAUAAUUCAGCCUGAGAACUCAACAAGAGCUACAUAGACAAUCAGACGGACCAGGCAGAGCUGCCCUCUCUCUGCCAAAUGCAACAGAACUUCAUGUGGAAGAAACGGCAAAAAAUCGUAUUGUUUUUAGACUAAAUAAAUAUCUUUAAUUAUGGCUUAAUGAGUCAACUGUACUUAUCAAACACUUGGCCUCGGACAAGCAUUUAUCACAACAAGGAAACAUUAUGAUGGCUUUAUUAAGGUUACAAUCUGAGAGGGGGAAAUAACAUUUUAUCCUGAAUCUUAUCCAAGGUAGCAGAAUAUGUUUGUUCGUUUAACAAUAGAACAAACUCUGAGAACCAUAUGUUCUAAACCCCAGUAAAGCAACCAAAAUUCCAAUGUUGCUUCAUUUGGCAUGGAUUCAAUCAAAUAUGCCCUAGCAAUGUUUAAACAGUAACUCUGUUUAUGGUCUUUGCAACACCUGGAAAAUGGAUGCAUUGCAAGGGGAGGUAAUCAGGUAAAUAGAACACGUCUUGAUAAAAAAAACACAUUCCAAAUAUAAACAUUUAUUUUAAAUUAUGACCAGCUUGUUGACCUCAAAACCCUUGCCCUUUUGACCCUUCAGACUUUAUAAAAUGCCCUCUAGGCAAAUGAUACAGUUGCUGAACCACGUGAUGGUUAGCUGAAUGAGUGAAGUUUGUGGACCACGUACUGAAUUUAACCAAGUAUAGAUCGGUUGUGAUGCUAUGUGGCCAAAUGGUGCUCUGGGAAUCAAUCCAUCGUGCUAGAAGAUUAACCAGAACGAAUUAGUCCUGACUGUGGAACAGAUCAGUGUCCUCUUGGUUUCUGAGACGUCUCAGCCAUGUUUAAGUUUAACGUGAUCCUUGAAUUACAGUAGAUAGUCGUUGUGUGUUAUAUUUCCAAAGAAUCUUCACACUUCAACAUAGCCGACGUUAAAAGAUUGAAACACAAGAUACCUGUUACAUCAGGUAGACUGUAGCACUCUUUUCAAAAAAAUUUUGUACAGAGUUCAAGAUGGCAGCUGUGUCACUGGUCCCAGGGUUCAUUCACCAUCUUGGUUGGAAGGACGGUCUGGUUGUUAUCCACAGGAUUGUUCUCCUUAAAGUAUGCUAGUUUCGGUUUACUUCAUGGUUGAUCGAGCAAUGUGAAAGGAAGUAGUUGGUUAGAGGUUUUUGAUGGACACAUCUUCCCAUCUUCAACACUCCCAAGCCUGCUGGGAGUUGCCGCAUUGGGGCAAGUCCAUAAUCACGAAGUGGAUAUCAAAAAACUGUGAGAAAAAUUUGGGAAACAUAUUAAAAUGUUUGCUGCUGCAUUCAUUGAGUGCCAUCUUAAAUAUUAUCAUAAUAAAACUGGGCUCUCCACAGGAUAGCUUUAAUUCAGGUUUUGUGUUUGCUAUGCUUAUUUCCAUUGAAAACAUGAAAUUCAGUUUUGAUGGUUUCUCUGUUACAAACUUUUGAUAAGUUUAUUGUCAUUUUGGUGAACAGUGAGGGGAGCUCCACCAAUUAUAUUAUUUUUCAUGUUGUAGUAAAAAAGAUAAAGAGUUAACUAGCAAAGAGAAACAAUGUCCUGUUUUGAAUAAAAAUAUACAUAGAUAAUAUCUCACUCUUAUACACUGUUUCAUGUUUGUCAUUUUGAUGAUAAUUUAUUACUGUUGCGUAAUAAAAUGUAGACAUUUUAACAUUUUACCUUUUUUUAACUACUGUGUAUAUUACUGUAUAAAUAUUGUACAUAAAAAACACUCCUAUUUUGGAAGCAAAAGAUUCACUUUGUA